CGAGAACAUUGCGAGGGUCUAGUGGUUUCCUCAAAUGCGGGCGAAGGUGCGUGAGUAUAUAAAUAAUUGUCUUAGGUGUAUCGAGUUCUCUCCGCCGAGCGGUAAAGCGGAAGGAUAUUUGCAUGGCAUACCGAAGGAAAAUGUACCGUUUGCGACUAUACAUCUUGACCAUAUAGGCCCGCUAGAGAAAACGGGAAAGGGCUAUCGGCACUUGUUGGUGAUCAUCGACGCAUUCACCAAAUUUAUCAGGUUGUAUCCAUGUAAAUCUACGACGACGGAAGAAACGAUAAAGCAUUUGGGCGAUUAUGUUCGCGCGUAUAGUAGACCGAGGCGUUUGAUAUCCGAUCGUGGUACAUGCUUCACCUCUGAAGUGUUUGAAGAAUUUGUAAGAUCCGAAACAAUAGAGCAUGUCCUGGUAGCCGUAAGCACGCCCAGGGCGAAUGGGCAAGUCGAGCGAUACAAUAGAAUGAUCACUCCUAUGCUUGCGAAGUUGUGUGAGGCACCGUCUAGGUGGGACCGCGUGCUAGACAAGAUCGAAUUUUCGAUAAAUAACACUGUGUGUCGCGUGACCGGCGAGACCCCGACGCGUUUGUUAUUUGGUAUCGAACAGCGAGGUCACGCGAACGACUCGCUUCGAGAAAUAAUCGAAAGAAAUGUUAAUGUCGAGCGAAAUUUGGACGCACUCAGAGAAAAGGCGAGCAGAAAACUUAACGAGGAGCAACGCAAAGGCACCGAACGUUAUAAUUUAAGAAGAAAGGCGGCGCGUAAAUACACAGUUGGCGAGUAUGUCGAGAUCCGUAACGUCGAAACAGCGGCUGGAAUUAAUAAAAAAUUGAUACCGAAGUACAAAGGCCCUUAUGUGAUAAAGAAAGUUUUGGAUCACGAUCGUUACGUGGUGGUCGACAUUGAAGGCUUUCAAUUGACACAGCGACCGUAUAUGGGAGUAUUAGCGCCGGACCAGAUGUGUCCUUACAUACAUUCUUAAGCAGUGCAAAUUUUAUUGUAAUUUAAUAAGUGUGUUAGUUUUAAAGAUAACGAUUCACCGGGUCGGUCAAAUAAUCAGAAUGGCCGAGCUGUAGGCGUUUUAUAUAAUUUCGUUAGAAGACGUUCGUUGUUUUGCGUUACUAAUUCCAAACCGACACGGAACGGUGUUUGCCCGCGAUAAUGUUUAGAUGAUCGGCUGUGUUCGUCUUUCGGCUUUUGACCGAAUGUGUUUAGACCGAACGAUCGUUAUAUUCUCGAGAACACUAAAGGUCGGAGCGGGUUGGGGAGAGUCGGUGUGUUCAACACUAUCCCCAAUUUGUAAGUGAUUCGGAUUGGCUCCUCAUCGAGGAGUAGGAGAAACAAGAAAAGGAAUAUAGAGAGCAGGAUCAGGGAGGAUAUCAGAGUCGUCUUCCCGCGCGUCUAAAAGAUUGUAACAUAGAUA